AUGUCCGCCCACAUCCCCGCCGUCGCGACCGCCUUCAUCCCCCUCACCUCGUUCCUCAGUCUCUCCAUCUACCUCUCGACCCAUCCCAAAUCGCCCGCUCGUCGCCUUCGCCGAGUCGCCCUCCCCACCCAUCAGGACGAACCUCUGGAUGCACGCAAGGAUCCAUUCGAGAUCGGAGAUGACGGCGACCUGGGCGAUGGCCAUCCGGUCAAUCCGGACCAGUUCUGGCGUUCGAUGAAGCAACGGAAACGCUGGCUCCUGGCGUCGCUAAUCUUGCCAUUCGUAGCCAAUAUCGCGCUCUUGGUAUUGACCGUCUCGUCCAAUGCGGUGAUCCCGCCCGCAAUGUUGCUAUCAUCACAUAUCGUCACCAUCAUCAUGGCUUUGGCGUACCUGUCUCACGCGGACACUGCUUCACACUGGGCGACCACGAUCCACCUCGGGGCUGCCCUCUUUGUUCAGUUCAUGGUCCUGGCCGUCAUCGCUCUACUCCCCAAUGAGCCUUUCCCAAUGAGCCACGCCAGUGUCAAUAUCGACAACACCUCGCUCUUGAGAUCCGCCCUCCCAAUCCUCCACCUCCUACCCCUCAUCAUCGUCCUUUUCAUCCGGCGCGGUCCUCCCCUCUACGUCCCGCUCGACCACAUCUACCCCCCGAAAAUCGCCGAGGCAAUCCCCUCCGAUCACCCGUCCCUCGAUCCCAAGCAGUCAAACGUCUGCGAAGAGGUACAGGCAACCAUUCCCGAGUGGUUGCUCUUCGGCUAUGUCACGAACGUAGUCAAGAAAGGCUACAAGGCCGACACGAUGGAUGUCUGGGACCUGCCCGUUCUGACGCACAACAUGCGGGCGCUCGCCUGCUAUCACACCUUCAAAAGCGUAUACGGUAGACGCACCCGUCGCUCUCUCACCAAAGAAGGAUACAACCUGCUCAAAAAGAUCGCCAUCGCCAACAUCCGCCCAUUGACAGCUCGUAAGUCUCAACCCGUCCCUGCUGAUUCAGAAAUCAUCCUCACGGUCCUCACCGCGAUCUUUUACUAUCUCCCCCAUCUUCUACUGCAACAGCUCCUCGAGUACCUCCAAAACGACCCUACUCGCCAACAUCCGAGAUGGGGAUGGCUCAUCGCCUUUGGGCUGUUCACCUCCAACGCUCUGACUUACAUCGUCGGGGGAAUCAUCUGGUCCAUUAGUACGACCACGCUGCAAGCUCGGAUCAAGCUCCAGCUCAACACCACGCUCUACGCCAAGACUUUACGCAAAAAGGACGUUGCUUCUGUCGGUGAGGACAAGAAAGGCGAAGAAGACGAGGAGGGAGUGGCUUCCAAGGCUCAAAUUAUGACCCUCUUCACUGUUGACGUCGAUCGGGUCACCGAUUUUGUCUUUCACGCUUUUGCCCUGGUAGACUCGCCCAUUGAAAUCGCAGUUGCAACCAUCUACCUGAUUCAGCUGCUCGGACGCUCUGCCAUCUACGGUCUUCUCGCCGCUCUCUUGUGUAUGCCUGUGAAUCAUCUCGCGUCCAAAUUUGUUGUGACGGCGCAAGAGAACCUCAUGAAGGCGAGGGACAAGCGUACCGGUCUCAUGAAUGAGAUUCUUCAAGGAAUACGGAUGCUCAAAUUCAUGGCUUGGGAGCGAUCGUUCGAAAAGCGGGUCGAGGAAAUUCGCAAUGACGAGCUUCAUUGGCAGGCGCGCAACUAUACUAUCGAAGUCGCCUUCAAUGUGCUGUGGGCAAUCACACCGGUCAUUGUCACGGUCGUCUCGUUCUUGCACUUCACCUUGGUGGCAGGGCACACCUUGACCCCCGCAAUCGCGUUCACCUCAGUGGCCGUCUUUGACGAGCUGCGAUACGCCUUGAACGCCCUUCCCGAGACCUUUAUCAAUGCCCUCCAAGGCUUCGUCUCUUGCCGGCGUAUCGAAAAAUACCUCGCAUUCGCCGAAGUCGAGCUUGUCCAAACUACCGAGCCCAGCGACAUCAUCACCAAAGACGCAACCUUCACCUUUGCCCGCGACGAUUCCGACGCCAAGAACCCCUUCACCCUCGCCAACCUCAACUUGUGCUUCCCUCAGGGCGAGCUAUCCCUUAUUUGCGGUCGCCUCGGGUCUGGCAAAUCCCUCCUCUUGCUUGGACUACUCGGCGAGGCCGAUCUCGUCUCUGGUACAGUCAUCUGUCCCCGUUCAUCCCCAGACCUGAUGGACGGCUUCCCAGACACCGUCACGGACUGGAUCCUACCCUCCAUGCUGGGCUACGUACCCCAACAAGCCUGGCUGCAGAAUGCUAGUAUUCGAGACAAUAUCAUCUUCUCCAGCCCUUGGAACGAGGAGCGGUACCACCAAGUACUGGAAGCUUGUAGUCUGAUAGCAGAUUUGAAGAUUAUGGAGGACGGGGAUCAAACUGAGAUCGGUGAGAAGGGUUUGAAUCUCUCGGGCGGUCAGAAGGCUAGAGUCUCGCUCGCCCGUGCCGUAUAUAGUCGAGCUGGUGUCCUGCUCAUGGAUGAUGUACUAAGCGCUGUCGACGCGCACACUGCCCACGCCAUUAUGGAGAACUGCUUUCAGGGCGACAUCCUCAAAGGCCGCACCGUCCUUCUCGUCUCCCACCACACAGCACUCGUCUCGCCCGUCGCAUCCUACAUUGUGGCUCUGGACAAUGGCGAUGUCAAGUUCUCCGGCACGCGAGCAGACUUUGUCGAGGGCGGCUUGAUGACCGAGCUCGAUGCGGACGAGAACAAGGCCAUGUCCCCUAUAGCCGAAAAGACGGUCGAAGAUGCGUUCCCUCUGCGCAAGUCGGUCCUCACUCAAGCGGCCCUCGAGCCAGACUCCGAGACCAGCUCAAUCGCGCCUGAUGACGAAAUCACCGAGUCCGUCGUCAAGAAGGGUCCCCGAAAGCUGGUCGAGGAUGAGAGGAGAGCCAAGGGCAGAAUCUCUCGAGAUAUAUGGGCGACCUAUUUCAAAGCUCUCGGCGGGCCGGUGUGGUGGAUUCUUUUUGCACUCGGGCAGAUCAUCGCAAUGUUGCUUCCUGUGGCUGAAAAGUUGUGGCUACAAUACUGGACCGGGCACGACAAGACGGUCCCAGAAGCCCACUCCUCCACCUUCUAUGUGGUCGGUUAUGCUGUGAUCACGCUCGGCGGCGCAUUCCUUUCCAACUUGGUCUACGUCGUGAUGUAUAACGGCAGCCUAAGAGCCAGCCGCGUCCUCCAUUCAAAACUGCUACAUUCGCUCCUCUUUGCCAACCUUCGCUUCCAUGACACGACUAGCCGAGGGCGAGUCCUCAACCGAACCGGAAAGGAUAUCGAAGGGCUAGAUAGCAGCAUGGCGGACAAUUUCACUCGCAGUCUUGAGUACGGUCUCAGCGUAGCAGUCACCUUCUUCUCCAUCUUGUCCGUCGGAGGCCUGCCGUUUUUGGGUGCUGGAUGUCUCUUGCUCGUCAUCUACUACCAAGCCGGGUCGAUCUACGGUCAAACGUCAAGGGACAUGCGAAGACUGGACUCAGUCACCCGCUCUCCCCUGUACUCGCUCUUUGGCGAGACAGUUUCGGGCGUGGCCGUUUACCGCGCCUUUGGCGCCAGUACGUUGACUCUGAAGCGAAUGAUCCAGCUCGCCGACACCAACAAUCUUUGCUUCUUCUGGACAUGGACAGUCAAUCGCUGGCUCUCGGCAAGGUUCAACAUGCUCUCCUCUGCAAUGAUCGGCCUCACUGCGGUCAUCGUACUCGGAACGCCUGGCGUCACCGCCGCCAUGGCUGGCUUUGCGCUAGCAUUCGCCGGCGGCAUCUCGCAUGAUCUGCUCUUUGUCGUGCGUCGCUUUGUCCAGCUCGAGCAGAGUAUGGUCGCACUGGAGCGUAUCAAAGAGUACUCCGAAUUACCUCUUGAAGCUCCAGAAUAUGUAGACCCGAGACCCGCUGCCGCCUGGCCCGCCGAAGGAGCUAUCUCUGUCGAGAAGCUUGUCGUCCGCUAUGCUCCCGACCUACCCAACGUCCUCCACGGCAUCUCCUUUGACGUGAAAUCGCGAGAAAAGGUUGGAGUCGUCGGAGCUACAGGAUGUGGAAAGAGCACACUCGCCCUAAGCUUCUUCCGCUUUGUCGAAGCGCACGAAGGCCGCAUCAUCAUUGAUGGAAUUGAUAUCGCCACGAUCGGCCUCACCGAUCUUCGGUCUCGAGUCACCAUCAUUCCUCAAGACCCUACCAUCCUGUCUGGUACCCUCCGCGCCACGCUCGACGUGUUUGACGAAUACGACGACGCCGAGAUAUACGCUGCUCUGCGUCGCGUCCACCUCAUUUCUGACAACGACGUCUCGGAUCUCGAAAGUCGCAAUAAAAAUGUCUUUCGCGAUCUCAACAACUCGGUCUCGGAGGGGGGUGAUAAUUUCUCUGCGGGCGAACGCCAGCUCUUGUGCAUGGCAAGGGCUAUAUUGAAGCGGAACAAGGUGUUAUUCAUGGACGAGGCGACCGCGAGCAUCGACUACGAGACCGACGAGCUAAGUACGUUCAGGUUGGAGUUGGCUGAUGUAGUCUCCACAACGAUUCGUGAAGAAUUCUCAGACUCCACCAUUGUCACCAUCGCGCAUCGGAUUCAUACCAUCAUCGACUUCGAAAAGGUGCUGGUAAUGGACAAAGGGUGCAUUGCCGAAUACGCCACCCCCGCCGAGCUGCUACGGAACACCAAGUCCCGGUUCUAUUCGCUCUGUCGAGCCACAGGUCGAACCGAGUUCAAGAAACUGAAAGAGAUGGCCAUGGAGGCGGAGCGAAAGCGGGCAUCUGUAGCAAAGCCAGAGUAA